AAAAUAAAACACACUCGGGAAAGAGUGAGCAAACACGGAGUCAUGUUUAUUUUGGAAGAGACACAGUAGCUCGAAACCUGAGAAGGAAUUCAAAAUCGCGCACCGGCAAUGCAAGCGAAAUCUUGUGACGCACAUCCACCGGAUGUGAUAACCUGCAAAAUGAGUAAGGAGCCAAAUGACUCUCUGGCAAUAGUCAGUGGCACGCCAUUCGAUUUCUUGGGUGUUUUCUGCGAUAGUGUCAUAGCUGGUGGUGCUGCUGGUGUUGUUGUGGAAGCUGCAUUAUACCCAAUUGACACGAUAAAAACUCGAUUGCAGGUUGCUCAUGCCGGAGGAAAAAUUAUGUUGAAGGGUCUAUAUUCGGGAUUGGCUGGAAACCUUGCUGGUGUUUUACCGGCUUCUGCUAUAUUUGUUGGUGUAUAUGAACCUACAAAGCAGAAAUUGCUGAAGUCACUCCCAGAAAAUCUCAGUGCUUUAGCUCAUUUGACUGCAGGUGCUAUUGGAGGUGCUGCUUCUUCUAUUGUACGAGUGCCAACAGAGGUUGUCAAGCAAAGGAUGCAAACUGCGCAAUUUGCUUCUGCCCCAGAUGCUAUUCGCCUUAUUCUUGCUAAAGAGGGUUUCAAAGGUCUUUAUGCGGGGUACGGAUCAUUCCUAUUGCGAGAUUUACCAUUUGAUGCAGUUCAGUUUUGCAUCUAUGAGCAACUUCACAUAGGGUUUAAACUAGCGGCACGAAGAGAUCUGAACGACCCUGAGGUUGCUAUGAUUGGUGCUUUUGCUGGUGCAAUAACUGGGGCUAUAACUACUCCUCUUGAUGUGAUAAAAACAAGAUUAAUGGUUCAGGGAUCAGAAAACCAGUACCAAGGAAUUUGUGACUGUGUUAGGACCAUAAUGAGAGAAGAAGGAAGUCCUGCUUUCUGGAAGGGCAUUGGGCCACGAGUACUGUGGAUAGGUAUCGGAGGUUCAAUUUUCUUUGGAGUUCUUGAAAGAACGAAGCAAAUACUUGAGCAGAGGCGCAUCAGGGAUCAGGAGUCCAAGCGUUACUGAAUGUAGUAGACUUGUGUUUUGAUUACCAGGUUGCAACACAUGAACUGCUACGCAUAAAUAUUGAACUAGUUAUUUGCUUCAGCAAAUAAAGAGAAAGGGAAGAUAUCAGUCUUGUGGUUGAAGGACUAUCCUGUCUCCUUAAAUUCGUUGAAUUGGAAUGCUAGUUACCUUGUAAUGGUCUAGUUAGGUCUUCAUUCUAGGUAUCGUACCCCAGCUGUUUCUGUGCUACACAUAAAUAUUAAACUAGUUGUCUUCUUUUCA